CUCUAGGCUUGGAUAUACAGAUUAAUGUUCAUGUUCCUGACACAAAAGGGAUCGUGGUGGAGUGUAACUCGGGAGGGUGGUACCCACAACCCCAGAUGAAGUGGAGAGACAGCAGAGGGAAUAUAGUUCCAGCCUCAUCAAAAACCUUCUCUGAGGAUGGAGCUGGAUUAUUGCACCUGAAGACAAGUGUUCUUCUAAAAAACAGUACCCAUGGACCUAUCACUUGCUGCUUUCAUAACCCAGUUACUGGUCAAGAGAAAAGGGCAAGUAUUGUCCUACCAGAUAUCCUGUUAACAUCGAAGUAUAUGUCGACAAUGUGGCGUAUAAAGUCGUGGCUCCUGAUAUAUGUAGUACUCUUUGCGCAUUUUCUUCUGUGUUUGAGAUUAAAAGAUAUACAAAAAAACUGGCACAUUUUUUUUAAAAUUGUGUUUGAGUGUUUACCAUUCCUGAUGCAUGCUAGCAUCUUUCCUGUCUAUUGGCAACUGCGGGAUAAAGCCUCUGUUUUGGAUAGCCAAGCCCCAUUUUAUAGUACUUGGAUGUGUGAUCUGUGUUUGAUCCUGGGUACACUGAUGGUAUUUUUCACCCUACUCAUUUUUGGUCUCUUUUAUACCCUGAAAGAUAUUUCACAAGAAUGGACAUCUGACUACUCAUCUGAAACACAGGACACUCGAGGACAGUAGAACCAGCAAUGUAAACUUUGAGAUAAAGGCAUUUUGGACCAAGGACCUGUACUUUUCUACAGAGUCAAAUAAUUAUAAUGUGUGAGAGCAAAAUAAAAAAUUUCAGAUA